CCGUAAGGGCUUGCUUUCCUAAAUUUUGGAGGCCAUCACAACCAAAACGACUUUGUACAUCUCAGUCUCACAGUCAAUAUCCUCUUCGGCAUUAUACCUUCUCCUAGGCUAUCAACGAGUGGAAAAAUAAAGUCCUCGGAAAGAAUCUAUUCGCAAAAGGCUCCCAACCAUAGCUAAAUCGCCUUUGGAGUAUUUGUUCCUGUGACGCAUCCUGUACAAGAAAGCAAUCAUUCAAAACGGUCCGUAUCGAGUCCGAGGAAACAAGCACCGUAGAACAAUAGCAAGAUUUUUCCCUCUCGCCGUCGCCAGCGAAGGAAAAAACUCUCCGUCAUGACGAGCGCGCGCGAGAGGUCCAGUAGUGCUGGCGCUGGUGUCCCCCACCAGCGUGAUCUACCAGUUUCUUUUCAUCUCGCAGGGGAUGCUCAAAUUGACGAGACUAUUAGUAACGGUCGUAUGCGAGCAAAUACGGCACCAUCGAUAGUUGAUGAAGAAAGUGACACAGUCCAGCACCAGGAAAAACAAGACAUUCCUGAGAUACCGCCUUCAGGGAGUUCGGAAGAUGAAGAGCUGAAGCUGGCGCAAACAAUGGCGCUUGCGAUACAAAACAAUCCCAAUCUGACUCGAGAUGAAAUUCGUAAAUUGAUUCAGACAACUACAGGGGGUACCAAGCCAGCUUCUUUGAUGAGUACUAACAAUGGAAGUGAGACUUCUGGUUCGGCCGUCCUCCAGCCAUCGUUGUUGAUUCCGGGAAGGCUGAUGUCGGGGUUUUUUCAAUCGGACGAGGCCGAAAAAGAGGGAGAUAAUGUAAGUUCUGGGAAAGAUGGUAAGAAAAAGUCGUUUCGAUUUGAUGGAAGCUUGCGUGAACGCGCCAAAGGAAGGCUUUCAGAAAUUUGGACGUCGAGCGGGGCCAAUAGUAAUAGUAUCCGUGGUAAAGAGGAAGGUGAUAUCAAGGACGCUCAGGCUUCCGGUCACUCUAGUCUUUCAUCCACCACGGGCAGAGACAAUUCGUCGCGGUCUUCUUUUCGUAAAGAGAGGAAUCAUGUACGAUCUCCACCUGUCAGUCCCUUGACUACGCCAAUGGUCAUAGCUGACGAUAACAAAUUCAAGAGUAUCGUUUCCCCUGCGAGUGCUUCGAUGACGACAAGUAAAUCCGUACCGAUACGUAUGAUAGGAAUUGCCUGGAAGCGGCGCGGCGGCAUGGGAAAAUACUCUGCAAAUGGGGCCUGGGAGCGUCGUCGUAUCGAGUUGCAAGGAACCAAACUGCUUUACUAUCGGACCGACGGAGACACGACUUAUGAGCAAGUUUCACCUUCAGCAUCGCGUGACGAUGCUUCCUUGACCGCCUCCGCCGUUAUGCCGUCUAUGGAUGAUAACAACAAUCCAGAAGGUGUAGUCAUUGCCCGUCGCCAGACUUGGCUUGAAUCUGCUACUUCCAAGGCGGCCUCGAGUUGGGUUGUCAACGAUCAAGACCACACUACUCCUCGUGGACACAUUGAUUUGGCCAAGGAAAAGGCGACAGUGAAUGCUGCCUUUGGGCAUUCAAAUGCACCUUCGCCCUUCGCCAUCUCGAUCAAAGUCCGCGCGGAAACAAAAUGGAAAUUGUGUUUCGACUACCAUCGGACCCAAAUGGAAUGGUUAGCUGCGUUGACAGAUGUAGUGGUUCAAGGCAGUGUAGACUCAUACAAUUCCAACAUCUUGAUAGCAGCCGAUCCCUCGAACCAGACAGAAUCAGCUCUCUUCCAUCCGCCGCAGGUGAAUCAUCCUCCCACGGACAGCAACGAACCAGCUGUGUCGCGGCGUUUGUGGAUGAUGGAGAGUUACACAGUUUCUACAACGCAAAAUGUAGAUAAUGAUCACUCGGACAGUGAAAAUGAAGACGAUAGCGAAUCUUCGUCCCUAGACGAAAGAGACGAUGAUGUGGAGGAGUCUGUCACAAUUUCCCGGGGAGCAUCGGAUCCGAUGACCUUAUCGGCAUCACACACAAGUAUUGUUGAAGGAGCGAAGAAGGUACUUUUCAUUCCCGAACGAUAUCUCGCUUUCGUUUCAGGAAUCGUCAAUGCAUCAUUGGCCUAUGCUCGAGCGUCUUCCACUUCCACAGAAAAUUUUUGGUACGCUGUUGUCGUCGUAAAUUUCUGCGUUUUGUGGUGUUUGGUGAAAGAACCCGAUUGGAGGGGCAUGGUUUCUCAGCCAGAAAUGAGAAGCGCUCAACCUUCGCGUUGUGACAAGCAGCAACGGCGUGAAAACACGAAGCGAAAAGCAGCAGCGAUAGAGCCAAAGUCUACUGUAACAGGAAGAUCAACGGAUCCAUCUGCUUAUAUACCCAUGGCCGGAUCAACAACAGUGAAGCUCAAGCACACAACGGAUCUUCCCGUAAACGAUAAAAAUGAGGUUUUUGCUGGAUGGUGUGAUCCGCCAGGAAAUAUUUUGGCUGUUCGGUCCCAUGGAUAUAGUUUGACGAAGAAGAAAAUUCCGUCGCCUGGUAGUCUCUACAACUGUGCAAGGGUGGAUAUAUUUGAAUCCCCAAGUCGGUAUCCCGAUAUGGCGCUUCGCGUCAAACUCCCAUCGGUGGACUUCAAAGACGAUGACAGGCCGAAAACGUGGAGGACACCAGAUGUUCUGAUUGUCAGUAUUGCUUUGCCAACGGACCCGCCCAAGCUUGGUCGGUCCAGCAGCGAUGGAGGCGGAUACACAGUUACGUGUUACUUCACAAUGACACAGGAAACACGCGAUAUUCUACGUCGUGUUACGGCAGAUGACUAUGAUCCUUCAAAAGAGAACAUCGAUGACAUUCAAAAGAGUACAGUCAACGCUGUUCGACUACUAGAAGAGUGGGUUCGAAGGGCUCCAACGGAUCCGUCAUGGUUUUCUCGUUUCAAGGUUGUCCCCAAUGCUCACAACUUGAAGGAAAUUGGCAUGCCGGCAUGGAUAUCAAAAUACAACGGUAAGCCUUUUUUGAUCAAACGCCCUGGAACAACUGGUUUUAUUUUCGAACAUCCCGAGCUGUCUUGUUUGGAGUUUGACGUCUCGCUGCACCCUUUUCCGUAUAUUGCCAAGCAGGCGAUAUGUUUUAUGAAGGAAAGCUAUUUCAAAAAGGUUCUUGUCAGCUUUGGUUUUGUUAUUGAAGGGAAAAGUGACGAUCAACUACCGGAGUGUGUCAUUGGGUGCAUGCAGCUUUGUUAUCCUGACCCAGCUCACGCUAUCUCCGGGGCAUCGUUUUUCGACGGCACUUCGAAACGAUCUUUCCAGUAG